AUGGCAACUUCUAGAGGUCGUCUUCCGUUGUACCGGCAGCCAUGCCGACGCUCCGCGCUUUUACGACUCCUUGCCGCGCUCCUCCCCACACUUGCGCUCCUCGCGCAAUCCUCCGCCUUCCAUUCUUCCGCCCGAUCGCGGAAAGCCGCGCACUGGCCCGGCCGAUCGCUUGCCGGCAACAACUUGGCGCGCCACACUGCCCCCAGACCAGAAGACGUGAUACCCUCGGAUUUCGGGGGUAGAUUCAGGGAUCCCCAUGGGCCCCUCGCUACAAUGGCGUCUGCGAUCACCCCUCAGGAUGUCGAGAUCGCUCGCGCUGUUCCGAACCCGCGCUCCCCGCCCGCUCAGAAGCCUCCCGCGCAGAAUUCCCCGGCACCGCAACCUUCCGCUUCCCCCAAGAAGACUCCCCCCGGGAACCUUGAAACGACGCGGGCCGCAAGCGGAACGAGCGCGAGCGGAAGCACCGGGGCCAGCGGAAGCACGGGGGGAACAGGGGGAACUGUGUCGAGUGGCGGAACUGGUAGCAGUGCGGGAAAUACCAGCGGGAGCAGUACUAGCAGUUCCGGGGCAACCGCGAGCAGCAGCAACAGCACGGGUUCAUCGGGUAACACGAGCACCACGGGCAGCACAAAGAGCUCGGGCAGCAGCACGAACAGCACGGGCAGCACGGGCAGCACGGGCAGCAGCAGCUCCAACAGUACUGGAACUGGCAGCGGCAGCGGCGGUGGUAACUCGACCAGCGGCGCGAGAAGCGGGAGCAGCGGGGGAAAUUCCACCAGCGGAACCGGGAGCGGGGGCGGAACCGGGAGCGGAGGCGGAACCGGGAGCGGAGGCGGAACCGGGAGCGGAGGCGGAACCGGGAGCGGAGGCGGAACCGGGAGCGGAGGCGGAACCGGGAGCGGAGGCGGAACCGGGAGCGGAGGCGGAACCGGGAGCGGAGGCGGAACCGGGAGCGGAGGCGGAACCGGGAGCGGAGGCGGAACCGGGAGCGGAGGCGGAACCGGGAGCGGAGGCGGAACCGGGAGCGGAGGCGGAACCGGAAGCGGAGGCGGAACUGGAACCGGGGGCGGAAGUGGCAAUUCAACGGACAAGCCAUUCGUGUGGACGAUCCCGCCGCGCAGGAAGGUGCCGGGAGUGGAUAAGUCGUUCGACAAGUACUUCAAGUUCCCCGACUGGUGCAAGGAGAGCAACUGCCGCAAGGACAACAACGGGACUGUCACGCUCUCCGCCACCAACCAGUCCGUUGGAGGUAGGUUCAGCGCGGUGCAAUGCGGCGAGAGGUGCUUGUAUCACUUCUGA